AUGGCGUCUGAAGAGCAUCCAACCCACACGGCCGAAUCCAGCAAACAGCGACCUUCUAGAAAAGGUUCCAAACGCAAGAGGGAAGCUAAUAUGCAGAUUGUUGUGGCUCCCAUGGAUGAUGGACCUAUACGAUCUUCAAAAAAGAAACGAUCACGAAAGCCUAAACCUGAUGACAUUCUUAGCAAAUUUGAAGAAGCUCAUAACAGGGGGUCAUCACCAAUGUUGGUUGAUGCCAUUGCAAAAUUUAGUCCAGAACAACAAGCUGCAGUUCGGGAGAUGGGAUUUGGAAGCAUUUUAAAUCUGAAAAUCAAACAGUUCCCGAACUACCUAUGCUACUGGAUCCUAACACACUAUGAUGGCAUGGCAGGCAAGCUGACUCUACAUACAAAUGAAACUUUGGACGUAACCGAAGAUGAUGUGGAAGCUGUUUUAGGCUUGCCUAGGGGACCCCUUGAGAUUAAAUACAAGGGAAAGAGGAUCUCCUCUACUAAUGCAUUGUUCAACGAGUGGAAGAAUAAUAUUGUUGCAGAAAAACUGUCGUCCGUUAAGUAUUCGGAAACUGUAAGAGCAAUGCUUGCCUGCACUGAUGGAGGGAAAUGGUUCAAAUUCCAUUUUAUUCUUCUAUUCAACUCCAUGUACAUCGAAAGUACAAAAAAUGGUUAUAUUGUGCCACAUAUUCUGGAAGUUGUGGACAAUGUAGACAAAAUUCCCAAUUUCAAUUGGUGCAGAUUCAUCCUCCGAACCUUGAGUACUGCAGCUGUCAAUUGGAAGGAAAACGAAAAUGGAUAUUUCCCCGGUUGCAUGCUGUUUAUGCUUGUGCAUUAUGUUGAUAGGGUGAUCCUCCACUUUGACCGACCUGUCCAGAGGUCUAUUCCGGCAUUUGUGGGGUGGACAACUCGACUUCUAAAGCAGCGGCAGAGAGCAGAAGCUGUGGCUGGUGGAUUUGGACGAGGAAGAGUCGAGCCACGCAAUCCAGAAUAUAUACCAACCCAACCAGCUUCUCACAUUCCUGCUGUUACUGCUCAGAGUAUCCCUGAGGUACAGAAUGCUAGGAUUGAUGCUGAGGAGGAAUACUGCAAUGCAUAUGAACAGAGUUUAAAAAACUUCUAUGAUGAGGUGAACAAUCUUAUUAAAUAUACAACAGCAGAUCAUCCUGCAUCAUCCACAACAGAGAUAGGGUCAGGAAUCUGA